AUGGUGACGGAGGAGCGGAGAGGAGCGUCCAGUAGCGAAACCCCACCCCGGGCGGGCGCUUGAGCUGGCCCCGCCAGCCCUUAUAAGCACAGGUGCACCCAGGUGUAAGCUGAUCCCCCAAGGGCUGCGAGCGGUGACGGGUGACGGCAACGGUUUCGGUCCGUAAGUUCUUCUCCGCCAUCGUCUGAAGCACGGCAGCAAACCGGCCACCAUGUCGAUGGGGCUGGAGAUCGGUGGGGUGGCCUUGUCGGUGCUGGGUUGGUUGUGCAGCAUCAUCUGUUGCGCGUUGCCCAUGUGGAGGGUGACGGCCUUCAUCGGCAACAACAUCGUGACAGCCCAGAUCAUCUGGGAAGGGCUGUGGAUGAACUGCGUGGUGCAGAGCACGGGGCAGAUGCAGUGCAAGGUCUACGACUCCAUGCUGGCCCUACCGCAGGACCUUCAAGCAGCCCGUGCUCUCCUGGUGGUGGCCAUCGUCUUGGCCAUCCUGGGUUUACUGGUGGCCAUCGUGGGCGCCCAGUGUACCCGCUGCGUGGAGGAUGAGGGCACCAAAGCCAAGAUCACCAUCGUCUCCGGCGUUGUCUUCAUCCUCUCCGGCAUCAUGAAUCUCAUCCCCGUCUCCUGGUCGGCCAACACCAUCAUCCGGGAUUUCUACAACCCACUGGUGCUCGACGCGCAGAAGCGGGAGCUGGGCACCUCACUCUACGUGGGCUGGGCGGCCUCUGCACUCCUGCUGCUGGGGGGGGCCCUGCUCUGCUGCUCCUGCCCCCCCAAAGACGACAGGUAUCCCACCGGCAAGGUGGCCUACUCCGCCCCGCGCUCCGCCGUCACCAGCUACGACAAGAGGAACUAUGUCUGAGCCCCCCGGGACACCCCUGCACCCCCCGACAUCCCACCUCCCCACCCCCCCACCCCAGGACCCUCAUCACCCUCCACGGGGACCGGGGACGGAGGCACCGGGGCGGGGGGGGGGCGCGAAGGAGGGGACGGGACGGCCGCGGGGUCAGGGCCGGGCUGUGUAAAUAGAGACAGUUUCGGUUAAACAAGAGGCGGUUUCGGGUCGGCGGGAGAAGCGGCGGCCGGCGUGCCCCUGCCCGGGCCGACGGGACAGGAUGGGGACGGGGAUGGGGACGGUGCCCCCCUCCUCCGGUGCCCCCCCCAUCGCUGCCGGCCGGACACCGUCUGUCCCUGUUACGCGUGGUCUGUACCGGUUACAUUUGUCAAUAAACGUGUCCUGUUUUGGUA